AUGUUCCGGCAGAUUCCAGUUCAUCCAGACGAUCAAACUUUUCAAGCGAUCCUUUGGAGACCUGACGUCUCUUCUCCGAUCAAAACCUACUUUCUUACUACCGUCACUUAUGGUCUCGCGUGUUCCCCGUUCCUGGCGACUCGUGUCUUACGCCAACUUGCCUCUGAGCAUGCUGAAUCGCAUCCUAGAGCUUCCAGGAUUCUUCGCGAGGAAUUUUAUGUAGAUGACUGUUUGUCAGGCGGUCAUUCGGUGGAGGAGGCCUCAAUAAAAUGUGAGGAACUCACGGAACUGGCACGGUUAGGUGGAUUUCCUCUUCGCAAAUGGUCCUCUAACUCGCCGCAGGCUUUGGCUAGCGUCCCUCUUAACCAUCGAGUCAACCAGCCAAAGACUUUGCAAAAAAAUCCAGAAGCCAUUUCAGUCCUUGGACUGUGUUGGGACCCCCAGACUGAUGAAUUUGCUUUCAAAUUCACGGUUGAUGAGUUUCCUAAUCUCUGGACCAAGAGAAACUUGUUCACCCAGACUUCCCGGUUCUUCAAUCUUUUGGGCUGGUUCUCAUUGGUGAUAAUAGUUCCAAAGAUGUUGCUACAAUCACUGUGGUUACUUAAAAUUUCGUGGAACACGCCCCUUCCAGACUCAGUUGUUGAACCUUGGGUCAGGUGGUUGACCAAGACCCGAGUUGCCCCCCUUAAGGUGCUGAGCAUUUCUUGGCUUGAGUUGUGCGGUUCACAUCUACUGGCUAAAGUCGUAAGACACUUUACUGAUAGCUGUCCUUGUGAUGGAGUUCCCAUCCACCUGUGGACGGAUUCUCUUAAUGUCCUCCACUGGCUUAACGCUCCACCGUCAAAGUGGCCGGUCUUCGUAGCCAACAGAUGUUCAGACAUCCACCACUUGAUGCCGAGCGUUAAAUGGCAUCACAUCUCCUCAAAACAGAACCCAGCUGAUCUGUCUUCUAGAGGCAUUUUUCCUAGUCAGCUAAUUGCCAAGCAGUUGUGGUUUCAUGGCCCAGACGUGUUGCAUGAGACUGAUCCCCAGUACCCUGACCUGAAACUUGAAGUCAUCGAGCCAUCUCCCUCAUUGAACCUCGUAGCAAGUUGUUUAAAAAAGGAGCCUGACUCCUUCGUUACCUCGCUCCUUAGCCGUUGCUCUCAUUGGUUCAGGUUAACACGGGUCACGGCUUACGUCCUGCGUUUCGCUUAUCGAUGUCUUGGUAGACUGAGGCAGUCAUCCUUAACGACAUCUAUGCAUUGCACUCACCUGAGUUUCAUCAAACGUGAAGCUUUUGCUCGAUACAUUUAUUCCAGCUUGACUACCAUUGAGUUAGAAUCGGCGUCUCUGCUUUUGAUCUUUGAUCAUCAACAGCGUCAUUUUGCUCAUGACAUUGCCGUCUUGAAACGCAACGCUAAUCUGCCCAUUAGUCAACAGGAGCAUCUUCCUGCCUCGAGCCAUUUGCGUAAGCUCGCUCCUUUUCUCUCUGAUGGAUUGUUACGAGUUGGAGGUAGGCUAAGUAACGCUUUGCUCGACUCUAACGCGAAACACCCACUAAUCUUGUUUGGUAGAGAUUCUCUCAUCCUGUUACUUGUUAAACGCUAUCAUCUUCUUACUCUUCACGGUGGUACCCAAAUAACUUUGACCGCUCUUCGUCGAAAGUACUGGGUACUAAAUGGUCGUCAGAUUGUAAGUUCUGUGCUGUCUCACUGCUUGACCUGUCGCCGGUAUGCUGCACAGCCACAAACGCAGUUGAUGGCAGAUCUGCCAGCUGCAAGAGUAACUCCCUCACCAGCAUUUCUAAGAACUGGUGUGGAUUACGCCGGUCCUUUUCCUGUUCGUUUAGCAAAGCACCGCGGGAGAGGCACCCUUAAGGGCUACGUUGCGGUCUUUAUUUGUAUGGUCACGAGAGCUGUACAUCUGGAGGUCGUCGAAGACUAUACUGCCGACUCUUUCAUAGUGGUCUUCCUACGUUUCACGUCUCGUCGUGGCCAGUGCUCCGAUCUCUAUAGUGAUCGAGGCACUAACUUUGUGGGGGCUGAUCGAGGGAUGAGCAAAAUGUUGAUCGAUCGUCAUAAAAACGUCUCCUUUGCCGAUGCUCUCUGCACCCUUGGAACGCAAUGGCACUUCAGCCCCCUUUCGGCCCCCCAUUUUGGUGGUUUAUGGGAGGCUGCAGUCAAAUCGACGAAAUUUUACCUUAAGAGAGUCAUCGGAAACCAAGUAGGGGACCUAGUAUUAAUUAAAAACGAGAACACUUCUCCUGGCAAGUGGCCUCUUGGAAGAGUCAAAGAUGCUUUUGAAGACCCAAAGGCGAUGGUGCGAGUCGUAAAGGUUAAAACUCAAAACAGUAACGUCAGCGAGGACAGCAACGUGACAGUUCUUAGCAACCAGACCCAGGAAGAGCUCGAGUCGAUGGAAAACUACGGUGCAGAGCUAAAAAAGUAUGGAAAUACUGCUAAUGCUUUAAAAAUGGCAUUGAAGCUGCCCAAAGACUCCUUAAAAGUGCUUAGAAGACAAGAUAGGAUGUCUUCUUUAUAG